AUGGCCGCAGUCACCGCGGCCAGUCAAAACUCGGCGCUCGACUCCGGCAAGGCAGAUGCAGCCCCGUUGCGAACGCUGUCCAUCACAACCACACGGAGCCACGAAGUUUCGAGUUCCGGCUCUAGCCCCGCUUCAGCCACAUCGCCUUCAUUCGCCCCCACUCCGACUUCUUCAACCUCAGCUGUGCCGACAAUUGCCAUUCGUCCGAAUGCAUCCGCGAACCCUUCCUCCGGCAACUCCUCCGCCAUGAACAGCAGACCCGGCUCAUCCGCCGUGUCAACGGCCGCAAUGUCACUGCCAAAAACCAUGUGCAUGACCACCAAAGAAUGGGUCAUCCCGCCACGGCCGAAGCCCGGCCGGAAACCGGCCACCGACACGCCCCCGACAAAGCGCAAAGCCCAGAACAGGGCCGCGCAAAGGGCAUUCCGGGAGCGCAGGGCGGCCCGUGUCGGCGAGUUGGAGGAGCAGAUCGAAGAGGACAAGGCCAGCCAUGAUCGGACCGUUCGGGAAUUGCAGGAACGAAUCAGCGACCUCGAGGUUGAGUCACAGACCCUUCGUUCACGAUGCCACUGGCUGGAGUCAAUGUUGGAAAAGGAGCGACAGGGACGUGGCAGCACGGCGAGCAACUGGGACAGUCAACAGCAGGAUCUGGAAACCCCAACACCACGGCCUCAACCUCCAGCGCCGACUCCUCUCGAUACCGCAACACGCCACAUGCCCGUCGCCGGGCCGAGACCCGUGGCUCAGCCUCUGUCCAUCUCCCAAAUUGUUUCCCCCACGGAUGAACCGUCCCUUGGGGACCUUACCUGCGGUAGCUGCCAGCCUGCCAGUGGAUCGUGCGCGUGCGCAGAUGAAGUCAUGCAAAACGCGGAGCUUACUUUGGGAUGCGGCAAGUGCUCGGUGGGCACGGCAUGCGAGUGUUUGGAGGAAACCUUGAAGGCACCGAUUUCGGGCUCGGAUUUGAAGCGGCCGCCGAGCGCACCCCCGUCCACGUUACCAGAAGACAAGCGACAACGUUCCGACCCCGAUAUCAUCAUGGAAACGGAUUUCACGGCCAUGUUUGCUUCGCAAACCAAUAGAGACGCCGCACCAUCUCAUUUCCAACCCCCUAUGGCCUCCAUUGAACCUCGCGAUGCCUGUGGCUUCUGCAAGGAUGGCACGUAUUGCGUGUGUGCGGAUGCCAUGAUGUCGCCCGCCUCACUGCCAGCACCGGCCGGCGAGGUCACGGGCAACAACACCCAAACCCGCACUCCGCCACCAUCCGACAACGAUGUCACUCCUAUCACACUAGCUUCUAUCGCCCCCACGCCAAUGGAAGUCACGGCCACCGGCGCCAUCAAGCUCCCCAGGCUCCGCUCGCUCCAGCAACGCCAACAGAAGCCCAACAUCCCCCGACCACCAGCCGCCCAACCUAACAGCGGCUGCGGUCCCAACGGCCCGGGUACUUGCGCGCAAUGCAUAGCAGAUCCGAAAUCCGGCCUCUUCUGCCGCUCUCUCGCGGCAAACUUCCAAAAGAACAAUCCCGGCGCUGCCGGUUCAGCAGGUGGGUGUUGCGGCAAUGGUGGGCCAGGGGGAUGCUGCAAGUCUACCUCCACCCCCUCCGCACCACCUACGUCUCUACGACCCACACAGCAACAACCCGUCACCCUCCCAUCCAUAAUCCCCGGCCCCAACUCCGAGCCCGCCGCCCCAGGCCUCGGCCUCAGUCUCUCCUGUGCCGACGCCUACAAGACCCUGUCCAGCCACCGCUUCUUCGACGAAGCGGCGGAUGAUAUCGGGUCCUGGCUGCCCAAGCUGCGGGCGCUACCUAUACCGCGGCCGUCGCAUCCUCAUGCGCUUGGUAGCAGGGCAACGGGGUUGAAUGCGCCGGGGCGCGCUGGGUGUGGGAAUGGGGAGCGGCUGGCGCCGAUUGAGGUGGAGGCUGCGAGUAUUAUGAGCGUGUUGAAGGACUUUGAUGUGCGGUUUGGGAGGGGGGAGUAA